ACAGCACAGGCCAUCCCCAGAAAUGAAAGCCACACUGAUCUGAAACAAAACAAAGAAUAAGAAAGCAAUAUCACUUCUUCAUCCUUCUUGUUAUUCUUCUCAAUUUCUUCUCUUUAAUUAGGGUUUUGCUCUCUAUUAUAUUUUCACUUUCAUUUUCCAAUUCUACCCUUCCAUGGCCGAGGUGAUCAACAUGCCGCCAGAUUCUAUCGACCAAUCCCCCUCUGCUUCAGCUCCUCCGCCGCCUCCCGCCGCUCCUCCCGUCGCCGUCGACGAUGAUCUCCCGCCUCCGCCUCUUCCUCCGCCUUCGCGGCGGAGGGACCGCAGGGACGAUAGGGAUUUCGACCGCCACCCUAACCGCAGCCGCGGAAGCGAUUACUCUGACCGGAACGUGUCGCCAAGGGACCGUGACAGGGACUUCAAGCGCCGACGCAGCCCUAGCCCUGGCUACCGUGACCGCCGUUAUUCUCCUCCUCCUCCUCCGUCGAGACGUUCUCCUCCGCCGUAUAAGCGACCGAGGAGGGGGAGCCCCCGCGGCGGCGGCGGAGGUUAUGGACCUGAUGAAAGCAGAUUUGGCUAUGAUUAUUUUGGUGGUUAUGAACGGGGAAUGGGUGGAAGACCUGGUCACACAGAUGAGAAGUCUUAUGGCAGGUUCGCACAUCGAUCUGCUGGGGGAUAUCAAAAUGGGAUUUCCGAUGUGGAUAUGAAUCGCGGUUAUGCAAAUUUGCCAAGUGGAGGUGCACAAAGAGAGGGGUUGAUGUCCUAUAAGCAAUUCAUUCAGGAGCUUGAGGAUGAUAUACUGCCAGCUGAAGCUGAGCGGAGGUAUCAGGAGUACAAAUCAGAGUAUAUUUCUACUCAAAAACGAGCUUAUUUUAAUGCUCAUAAGGAUGAGGAAUGGUUGAAAGAUAAAUAUCAUCCAACAAAUCUACUUACAGUAAUUGAAAGGAGGAAUGAAAAUGCUCGACAGCUAGCAAAGGAUUUUUUGCUUGAUUUGCAGAGUGGAACAUUAAACCUAAAUCCUGGUUUAAACUCCUCUUCAUCCAGUAAAUCAGGGCAAGCCAGCGAGCCAAAUUCAGAGGAGGAAACUGAUGCUGGUGGAAAACGAAGAAGACAUGGUAGGGGAUCUAAUAAAGAUAAUGAUUUCUCAGCUGCUCCAAAGGCUCACCAUAUCAGUUCUGAGCCUAGACGGAUACAAGCAGAUAUCCAACAGGCUCAGGCUGUUGUUCGUAAGCUGGACAUGGAAAAGGGGAUUGAAGAUAAUAUUUUAUGCAUCAGUGAUCAUAAUAAAAAUGAUGAUAAGGCUCACAGUGGAUCUGUGGGCCCCAUAAUAAUUAUACGGGGCCUAACAUCUGUUAAGGGCUUGGAGGGUGUUGAGCUACUGGACACACUUAUUACAUAUCUUUGGCGGAUUCAUUGUAUAGAUUAUUAUGGCAUGAUUGAGACUAACGAGGCCAAGGGUUUUAGGCAUGUGAGACCAGAAGGAGCAGGGCAUGAAGAAACAAGUAAAUCAGGGUCUGAAUGGGAGAAGAAACUAGAUUCAUUUUGGCAGGGAAGGUUGAAUGGUCAGGAUCCCUUGGAAUUAAUGACUGCCAAGGAGAAGAUAGAUGCUGCAGCAGUGGAUAUGUUGGAUCCAUAUGUUAGAAAAAUAAGGGAUGAAAAGUAUGGAUGGAAGUAUGGUUGCGGAGCUAAGGGCUGCACAAAGCUUUUUCAUGCGGCUGAAUUUGUGCACAAACAUCUGAAGCUAAAACACCCGGAGCUUUUGAUGGAACUAACAUCAAAAUUGCGUGAGGAUCUUUACUUUCAAAAUUACAUGAAUGAUCCCGAUGCUCCUGGUGGAACGCCUGUCAUGCAGCAACCUCAGGACAAGCCUCUAAAGCGAAGAUUAGGUCUGGAAGGCCGAUUGAAAGAUGAUCGUGGUAAUCGGCGGGACCAGGAUAGGAGUGACAGAAUAAAUGGAGAUAGGCUUGACAAUUCCCCAUCCCGUGAAAGGCACAUGGGAAACCAUGAUGAAGCAAUGUAUGAUGCAUAUGGAGGGCCUGCUGUUCCUCCAUUCACCUCAGAUAUGCCCCCUCCUCCACCAGUUUUGAUGCCUGUACCUGGUGCUGGGCCUUUGGGACCCUUUGUUCCUGCUCCACCGGAAGUUGCAAUGCAGAUGUUAAGGGAGCAAGGAGGGCCAUCUUCAUACGAUGCCUCGGGAAGGAAGAUGCGAUCUGGUCCUCACAUGGGUGGACCAGCACCAAUAAUUGCUGUUCCUCCAGCUUUUAGACCUGAUCCUCGACGGAUGCGCAGUUAUCAAGAUCUGGAUGCCCCGGAAGACGAAGUCACCGUGAUAGACUAUCGGAGCUUGUAGGUGUCACUGGCUUUCUCUAAUUUAAAUGAGAUUGGCUGGGCAGCAUGCCUGUUCUUGUCAAAUGAUAUCUUGCUCUUUCAAUGAGAGCAGCAGUAUGCCAGUAAUAAUGGGGUCAGGCUUCAUUUCUUUCUUAAAUUUGCUUGAGAAUCUUGUUAACUUGUGUGGUGAAAUUUGAGCUGAGGGAAGUGACUUCGAUAUUGUACUAGAGUUGACAUAUGUAGAUUUUUCAACAAACUGCCAUCUGACUCUGCAUAGAAGGAUAAUUUAACAUAAUGAGCUGAUUUGUUAUUUAGUGGAUAAUCU